AUGUCAUCCAAGAAAUCCUCGUCUAGCAGAACUUCGCGCCAGUCACACAGGUCAACGUUGUCCUUGACAAGAACCGAAAUAGUUAUCAAUGUCUAUGAUUUGCUUUCUCCCGGUCGCCUCUCUUCCGUAUUAUGGACCUUCGGCACCUCUCUCCUUCAUUCCGGCGUUGUUAUUAACGGCAAGGAAUACGCGUAUGGAGGACACGAUAGACCCGGCGUGACGGGCGUGUAUUGGACUCAGCCCAAGACCGAACCACCUGGUGGCACAUUUCGGACCGAGAUCCUACAAGGCUUUACCUUCGCAACCCAAUCCGAGAUCGACUCUAUCAUCCGUCGAGCCUCGAUCGAAUUCGAUGGUUCCGCCUACAACAUCCUCACCCGCAACUGCAACCACUUCACCAGCUACCUCUGCCAGCAAUUGACCGGCCGGCCCGGUCCCAGCUGGCUCAACCGUGCUGCAAGCAUCGGCGUCGCAUUACCUUGCGUCGUGCCUCGCGACUGGCUCGAGCCACCAGACGUCGACACAGCUGAAGGCGAGCUGCUGGGAGAUGAUAGCGACAUAGAUGCCCACGAGGGCUCGCGGAUGCUGAGGCCUGAGAAUUCCCGCCGGAUGUUAACGAGCAGCCAGGAUGGAGACUCCGACUCCGACCAAGACUAUCAGCCCAGUAGCAAGUCCAAGGGGAAGAAUAAUGCAGUUCGGGAUAGCAGUGGCAGACGCUUGCCUGCUGCAGAAAGAGCCCCGACUCGUGGGAGACGCCCUUCGCUGCCUAGUAGUACCUUGGUAGCGGCCUCACGGCCGCUGCCGAAGCCGCGGAGCACGACCUCGAGCGCGGUCCCGCGCUUCGCCUUCUUGAAGCCGAUUUGUCCCGUGGACAUGGAGACGAUGGGAUUCCGGUCUGGCCUUGAGACGGUGAUCACAACUCCCGCUUCGAUCGCAAGGACGCCUUCACUGGCUGUCCAUUCAUACGGCAGGUCACCGGCUUACAGAAGGUUAAUUGCGAAUACACCCAACUCCGCACGAAGCAACACUGCGCUUCCUAGCCCCUCACGAACCCCUUCAGCUCCCUUCCGUCCUCUAUCCCCCCUCCGAUCUCCAUUUCUUCCCGAGACCGUAGCCGCAAUACAGUCGCGCGGUUUUCACGGAACAUCAUCAUGGCUACAGGAACAGCCUGCACGACCCGAGAAAUCACCAAAACCUGAGGAGCAAUCAGAAAAGAGUACCUCCGAGGCUCAGUCGGAGGCCAAGGCUGGAUCUGAGGAGCAGACAAAGGAAAAAGAAGAUGGGGAGGAAUCAGGAGAGGACAAGAAAAAGGAUGAGAAAAAAGAAGAUCUCCCGCCACCACCGCCCCAUGGUGACAAGACCCCAUGGCAGGUGUUCAUGGAGACUAUGCAGAGUGAAUUCAAAGCUUCGAAAGAAUGGAACGAAUCGACAAAACAACUAUCUGAUUCAGCCCAUCAAUUCACCGAGAGUGAAUCUGUUCGACGUGCGAGACAAGCUUAUGAAUCUACCACAGGCGCCGUUUCUUCCACUGCCGGAAAGGCCUUCAAAUCCUCCGCUGAUGCUAUUGGAAAAGGUGCCGCCUGGACUUGGGAUACCAACGUCAUGAAGGGUGUUCGAAAGGGUGCCAACAUCACUGGAGAAGCUCUUGACAAAGCUACUAAACCCAUUCGUGAUACCGAAGCCUAUAAGAGCGUUAAAGAUGUCAUCGAUGAUGGCAGCAGCUCACGAUACGGUGGCUGGGUCGAGAAAGAGGAGCGAAGAAAAGCACGCGAGCUUCGCCAGAAGAAUUCUGCGUCAAUCCAUGGUAAUAUGGAAGAAGGCGUUGAGGAUCCAAAUGCUGGAACGAACGUUACUCUUCACAAGGAUGCUGCAUGGAAAGAAGCCUGGCGGGACUUCCGUGACCAAAACAAAUUUGUUCAGGGUGUAUUCAGCAUGAAGAACGUCUAUCAGGAAUCCGAAAAUCCUUUGAUCUCCACGGCACGAAGUAUCACAGACCGAGUUGCUGGUUUCUUUGCAGAGAAUGAGACCGCCAUGGUAAUUAAAAAAAUUCGGGCGAUGGAUCCUAACUUUCAGCUCGAACCAUUCCAGCAGGAGCUGCGAGAUUAUAUCUUGCCCGAAGUCCUUGAUGCAUACGUCAAGGGUGAUACCGAAACUUUGAAAUUAUGGCUCUCAGCCGCCCAAUAUUCCGUCUAUGAAGCCCUGACCAAACAAUAUCUACAAGCCGGUAUGAAGUCAGAUGGGCGAAUUCUAGACAUCAGACACGUUGAUAUCCUAAAGGCUCGCAUGCUAGAGCCUGGUGAGAUUCCCGUGUUCAUCAUUACAUGCCGGACACAAGAGGUUCACGUUUACCGCAACGCCAAAACCAACGAACUAGCUGCCGGCAUGGAAGACCGGGUUCAGCUCGUCACAUAUGUCAUCGGCAUUACCCGUACCCCUGAAGACGUGAACAACGCAGAGACAAGAGGAUGGAGAUUGAUCGAAAUGCAGAAGAGCGGCAGAGAUUACAUAUAA